GUGGUUGCUUGAACUCAAAUUUAAGUGAUGCAGAAGGUGAGUCUCGUUAGGCGUUUCCUCUCUUUUAAAAGUAUAUUUGGUGUUUUGUUGUCUUCUCCAAGGAAACUUUUUGCUACAGUCUCAAUUCAUCAUUGCUUAGGAAUGAAAUCCAGUCUGUGUACUAAUCCCUGUGUAUCUUACUUGUUACUUGUGUGUGUUGGUUUUUACGUUGCUUAUUUAUUUUUCCAAAAUGCUCCGGAGGUUUUGAAGUUCUCCAUUCUGACUCAAUAUUUUGCCGAUUGCUAGACAUUUUCCUUUAGGUAACUCUCCACCCACUUUGGGAUUUGUGAAUGCCUGCCCUUCCAUUGGUUCAUUCUAGCCACUGAGAACAUGAGUAAGUGUCACAUGCAUGUGGUAUUGCUUGCAAGAGAGUGGAAUUCCAAGACUUCCUCUUCACAUCGAACAGUUGAACUUUUGUGCUUCUGGGCAGAGAAUGGUCCUUGGGACAGUUCUGCUUCCGCCUAGUAGUUAUGGCAGAGAUCAGGACACGUUCCUUUGCUGCCUGUGCAGUGAGGCCUCAGAAACUGUUGGACCCAACUUGACAGAUCACUUUGCCAGCUGUGUGGAGGAUGGAUUUGAGGGAGACAAGACUGGAGGCAGUAGUCCAGAAGCCUUGCACCGCCCCUAUGGCUGUGAUGUUGAGCCCCAGGCCCUGAAUGAAGCCAUCAGGUGGAGCUCCAAGGAGAACUUGCUCGGAGCCACUGAGAGUGACCCUAAUCUCUUUGUUGCACUUUAUGAUUUUGUAGCAAGUGGUGAUAACACACUAAGUAUCACUAAAGGUGAAAAACUGCGCGUCCUUGGUUACAACCAGAAUGGUGAGUGGAGUGAAGUUCGCUCUAAGAAUGGCCAGGGUUGGGUGCCAAGCAACUACAUCACCCCAGUGAACAGCCUGGAGAAGCACUCCUGGUACCACGGACCUGUGUCUCGCAGCGCCGCAGAGUAUCUGCUCAGCAGUCUGAUCAACGGCAGCUUCCUGGUGCGAGACAGUGAGAGCAGCCCCGGGCAGCUGUCAAUCUCGCUCAGGUACGAGGGGCGCGUGUACCACUACAGGAUCAACGCCGCCGCAGACGGCAAGGUGUAUGUAACUGCCGAGAGCCGCUUUAGCACCUUGGCUGAGCUUGUUCACCAUCACUCCACAGUGGCUGACGGGCUGGUGACAACACUACACUACCCAGCACCCAAGUGUAAUAAGCCUACAGUCUACGGUGUGUCCCCCAUCCAUGACAAAUGGGAGAUGGAACGAACAGAUAUUACCAUGAAGCACAAACUUGGAGGUGGUCAGUAUGGAGAGGUUUACGUUGGCGUCUGGAAGAAAUACAGCCUUACGGUUGCUGUGAAAACACUGAAGGAAGAUACUAUGGAGGUGGAAGAAUUCCUAAAAGAAGCAGCAGUGAUGAAGGAAAUCAAGCACCCUAACCUGGUACAACUGCUAGGUGUGUGUACUUUGGAGCCACCAUUUUACAUUGUGACCGAAUACAUGCCGUAUGGGAACUUGCUGGAUUAUCUCCGCGAAUGCAACCGAGAAGAGGUGACCGCGGUUGUACUGCUGUACAUGGCCACACAGAUUUCUUCCGCAAUGGAGUAUUUAGAGAAGAAGAAUUUCAUUCAUAGAGAUCUUGCAGCUCGGAACUGCCUCGUGGGAGAGAACCACGUGGUGAAAGUGGCUGACUUUGGCUUGAGUAGAUUGAUGACUGGGGACACCUAUACUGCUCAUGCCGGAGCCAAAUUCCCUAUUAAGUGGACAGCACCAGAGAGUCUUGCCUACAACACCUUCUCAAUUAAAUCUGACGUCUGGGCUUUUGGGGUACUGUUGUGGGAAAUUGCUACAUAUGGAAUGUCACCAUACCCAGGGAUUGACCUGUCUCAAGUCUAUGAUCUGCUGGAAAAAGGAUAUCGAAUGGAACAGCCUGAAGGAUGUCCCCCUAAGGUGUAUGAACUUAUGAGAGCGUGCUGGAAGUGGAGUCCUGCUGACAGGCCCUCUUUUGCUGAAACACAUCAAGCUUUUGAAACCAUGUUCCAUGACUCUAGCAUUUCUGAAGAGGUAGCUGAAGAGCUUGGGAGAGCUGCCUCCUCAUCAUCUGUUGUUCCAUAUCUGCCCCGACUGCCUAUACUUCCUUCCAAGACCCGGACGCUGAAGAAGCAGGGGGAGAACAAGGAGAAUAUUGAAGGGGCACAAGAUGCCACAGAAAAUUCUGCUUCCAGUUCAGCACCAGGGUUCAUUAGAAGUGCACAGGCCCCCAGUGGGUCCCCAGCGCUGCCUCGAAAGCAAAGAGACAAGUCGCCCAGCAGCCUCUUGGAAGAUGCCAAAGAGACAUGCUUCACCAGGGACAGGAAGGGAGGCUUCUUCAGCUCCUUCAUGAAAAAGAGAAAUGCUCCCACACCCCCCAAACGCAGCAGCUCCUUCCGAGAAAUGGAGAAUCAGCCCCACAAGAAAUAUGAACUCACGGGUAACUUCUCAUCUGUUGCUUCUCUACAGCAUGCUGAUGGGUUCUCUCUCACUCCUGCCCAGCAAGAGGCGAAUCUGGUGCCACCCAAGUGCUAUGGGGGGAGCUUUGCACAGAGGAACCUCUGUAAUGACGACGGUGGUGGGGGUGGGGGCAGUGGCGCUGCUGGCGGGGGGUGGUCUGGCCUCACAGGCUUCUUUACACCGCGCUUAAUCAAAAAGACACUGGGCUUACGAGCAGGUAAACCCACAGCCAGUGAUGACACUUCCAAGCCUUUUCCAAGGUCAAACUCUACAUCUUCCAUGUCCUCAGGGCUUCCAGAGCAGGAUAGGAUGGCAAUGACCCUUCCCAGGAACUGCCAGAGGUCCAAACUCCAGCUGGAAAGGACAGUGUCCACCUCUUCUCAGCCAGAAGAGAAUGUGGACAGGGCCAAUGACACACUUGCAAAAAAAUCAGAGGAAGGUGCUGCUCCAACCAGGGAGAGACCAAAAGCCAAACUUUUGCCCAGAGGAGCCACAGCUCUUCCUCUCAGAACCCCCUCUGGGGAUCCAGCCAUUACAGAGAAGGACUCUCCAGGGGCAGGGGUGGCUGGAGGGGCAGCUGCCCCAAAGAGCAAGGAGAGGAAUGGUGGGGCACGACUUGGCAUGGCUGGAGUCCCAGAGGAUGGUGAACAGGCAGGCUGGUCUUCUCCAGCCAAGGCUGCCGCCGCCCUCCCCACCACUCACAACCACAAAGUGCCAGUCCUUAUCUCACCCACUCUGAAGCACACUCCAGCUGACGUGCAGCUCAUUGGCACAGACUCUCAGGGGAAUAAAUUCAAGCUCUUAUCUGAGCAUCAGGUCACAUCCUCUGGAGACAAGGACCGACCCCGCCGGGUAAAACCAAAGUGUGCCCCACCCCCCCCACCAGUGGUGAGGCUACUGCAGCAUCCGUCCCUGUGCUCAGACUCCGCCGAAGAGCCGCCUGCAGGCCAGCCCACGUCAGAAACACCGGAGGGAGGGAAAAAGGCAGCUCCAGGGGCAGUGCCCGUCGGGGGGAAAGCUGGGAGGCCUGUGAUGCCUCCACCUCAAGUGCCUCUGCCCACACCUUCCAUCUCGCCAGCCAGGAUGGCCAACGGCACAGCAGGUACUAAAGUGGCUCUGAGAAAAGCCAAACAGGCAGCCGAGAAAAUCUCAGCUGACAAAAUCAGCAAGGAGGCCCUGCUGGAAUGUGCUGACCUACUGUCCAGUGCAAUCACGGAACCUGUGCCCAACAGCCAGCUGGUGGACACUGGACACCAGCUGCUCGACUACUGCUCAGGCUAUGUGGACUGCAUCCCCCAAACUCGCAACAAGUUUGCCUUCCGCGAGGCUGUGAGCAAACUGGAACUCAGCCUGCAGGAGCUGCAGGUGUCUUCUGCAGCCGCUGGUGUGCCCGGGGCAAACCCUGUCCUUAACAACUUACUGUCGUGUGUGCAGGAAAUCAGCGACGUGGUGCAGAGGUAGCCACUGAUAUCCGAGUGGGAAGACGCACACGUUUCUGAGGGGAGAGGGGGAGGGACUUGUUUCCUGUGUUCUUGUUUUCAAAAAAUGGAAGACUGAUACUUGAGUGUGUUUCUGUGAAGUACCUCAGAUUUCUGAGUUCUCACGUUUACAGGUUCAUCUCAAAAAUAGCAAAAAGCAAAACCCAUAGGAGAGGGAAGAUGGGUGGGGGCAGGGCAGUCACGGACAGGAUUGGAAGCUGCGUUGGAACAUCAGGGAACAUGUGUACGUUGUGCCAUGAAGAACCAAGUCCAGCCCGUUCCUGGCUGGAGUGAUGUGAGCUGGUUAGACACGACUGCUCCCAGCAAGGCUGCAGGGACUGUGCCCGGACUGUGUUGGCUGUGGCACUUGUUCUGCACCACACAGAAGGGAAUUGACUUGGGGCUCCAGUAGGUACUAAUGGGGAUGAUGCUCCAACUCAUAACUUACUGGAUGGGACAGAAGAAAGGAAAGCUGGGAAUGUGCCAGGAGAGGUUUCGUUCCAGGUCAUUGCUGCAGUAAGAACUGCAAAUCAGAUGGUUACAUACAAAAUUAGGAAACGUGGCUCUAUCUGUAUGCUCCUGUCCUGUUUUCCAUUGGUGUGUUAAUUGGUGCAGGAAGUAAAGAAUGCUAGGAAGUGUAGUCAGGGAGAUUGAAACCUCCUCCUAACAUCUUACGUUGCUUCACAGAAGUCACUUCACCCAGUCUAGCGUAUUACCUCCUAGUGGGUCAGGACUGGCUUUCUGCUUGUUGGUGCCUAGCUAGACCACAGGCACAGAGGUCUCCGUGGUGGUUCUUCUCUGCUCCUUGCAGGUUGUCUUCCUUUAUUCCUGGCAGCAUUCAGGGCAUUAAGCAACAUUGAUUUGAAAAUAAUGGUCAUGUCCAGGUCUCACAGGGGCCUCCUCUUCUGAUACAUUGCCCCUGCAUACUGACGUGCUGGCCAAGGGCUUGAGCAGCUGUUUGCUCAUCAACUAAAUACCAGGGGAAGAGUCUCUUCUUGAAACCCAGCGGUCAGCCCAGAGACCUGUGGCUGAGGGGAGAAGCUGGCUUGGUCCUAGUGGCUGUUGCUCUGUACCUUUCCUCUCCCUUAUCAGCUGAGACCCAGUCUAGGUAGAGAGUAGGGAGGAGCAUUCUCUCGCUCUGUACAGUUUUUAAAUGCAUCACCCUAAGUUAUUCUCACGUACUUUCCUCCUCUCACGUACUGGCCACCCCCGACCACCGCCAGUGUUGUUCUUGUUUGUAAAGAUCAUAUUGGGAAUAUUCUUUGAUAUUUAUUUUAUCAUUUCACCUCUAAUUGAAGAAUACAUAAUUGAAGGAGCAGGUCAUUUUCAGGGGACAUCAGUUAGAUCCCUUUUGAUUCCUUUUCCUUCCCUAUUCAGUUAUUAUUAUGGAAGCUAAUUAGGAUCGCUCCCUAAUCUGGAAACAAAUCUAAUUGGUUAGGUAUUACUAAUAUUCUUGGUAUCAGGUCGAAUUCUAUUGACCACCUAAUUCUCUUUUUAAUUCUCUUUUUAAAACUUUGUGUCUCCCCCUCCCCCCUCCCCAAGGAGAACCCAAUAUAAAAAAAUAUAUUAUUUUUUCCACCCAAAGGAGUAUUAGGAAGAUAGGAAUUGAACCUUGAUGCACAGUGGGUUUCCUUCCUGGGCUGUGUCGUUGAUCCACUGUCAAGCGAUAGCUCCAUCUCUUUAUUAAACAAAAGUAAUGAUACAUGUUCUCAAGGGUGUUUUGCAAAUAAGGGUAUAGCUGUUCCUUUGAGAGCCCCUCUGGUAAGCUCUUUUGUGCAGUCUGUUAUGUUGAAUACAAACUUUUCAUUCUCGCCUUUGCUCAGUAGCAGAUAAUGAAAUUUAUAACUGCUGAGAUUGUAUUAAUUGGGCUAGAACACUAAGGGGAAAAACUGUUUUGGACAGAGUUCGGCAUCUUUGCCCAAGGAGGAAAUUUAGUUUUCAUUAGAAAGAAAGGAAACCUUGAUUCUUACCAUGGUUGUUCCAAAGGAGUCCCAGGCCAAGAGGAGGAUAACAAGGGAGGAGACAGUUCUGGGCAUUCCUUUCAGGGGCUGGGUGAUUCCACGUCUGUCUGUUACCUACAGAUGUAGCACAGGCAGCUGGUGAUCUGGUUAAUUCUGUAAUGGCUGGAAGAGGAGAUGGCAUUCCCUUUAACUUGGAUGUAAAAACCAGCAGUCCUCCACCCACCUCCUUCUUUGCCGCUCUCCUUCAUCGUGUAUUUCCAUAAACUUGAAGUUGUUUUAGCAAUUAGCCUUUUAAGGGUGGGGCAGGGAAAGCUAAAACUUUAGAAUAUUAUUAUGCUGCUUUUUAAGUUUAUCCUUGUCCUUGUGGAUGCAGGUUGAGGGAUUAUAAUUGUUUUUUCAGGGGAUUUUUUUUUUUUUUUAAGCAAGAGGUCUUUACUGAAAAUACGCCUUGGAGGAACGCUACUGAGGGUAUUUAAGCUCCCUGGUUUUCUCCUGGAAGAACAGUCUUUGAGGGUGGGGCUGGGUCUUACUCAGGGGCAGCACCUGGCUCUGUCUCGUCUGCAGUAGGUGCUCAGUUCGUUCGUGAAUUGCUUUUUUUCUCAACACUGUCGAGAGUAGCACUGACUGUUGUAGCACCCCCAUCCACAUGAUGCUGUAACUGUGUAACUUCAGGAGCUGAGGGCUCAGGGUCAGGUUAAAGAGGCACUGUCAACCUUCUGUAAAGUAUAAUUGAGGUUUCUCUUUUUUUCUACUUGAAAAGGACCAGAUUUUUAAAAAUAAUCAUAUGUAAAUUUAAAAGUUUGAAUUCAAAGCAGAGAAAACUGCUUUUAGAAAUUAAAAAUGUAGUUUAAUUUUGUCUAGUUAAAAAACAAAGCAGAUAGCAGGAACAAAACCUCCUCUGCAAGGUGUUGAAUACUUUCUACAGUGGUUGUAUGUGUGCAUACCUUUGGGGUGCCACAGCCUGAAUCUUAUGUACAGAUAAUGGGAUUUCAGUUUAGACUUACUACCUAAAAAUGCAGUGUUCUGUGUAGAAUACAUCUUGAUUGUGCUUUACGUGAAGUAUUUUCUUAAAAGGCUUUAUGUAAAUUAAAGUAUGUAUAUUUUCCUACAGAUCUCCAUCAUGAUUUUCAGAUACAGCCUUAAAAGAAAUUGGCCCUGAGAAAUUCAUGCAGUGUUUUGCCAGAUGACCUCUAUACACUGAGGUCAGUAUAGUGGAGACCCUUUCCCAGCUGCAUUUUGGGGUGUUGAAAAGUCGAAUUUUCCUACAAUUCAGUUGAAAAUUGGCUAAUAAAAUAGCGCCCAGUUAAUGAAAUGCUGACUUUGCUAAGGCACCACCCAUAUUUAUUUAACAAAGUCAUGGAGCUUUUGAGUUUAAAGGAUACAGUAUAGAUAGUGAUUAAGAGUUCACACUCUAAAACCAGUCUAGAAGGCCAGUCACUUAAACUUCCUGGGCCUUAGUUUCCUCACUGGAAAACAGGGGUAAUAAUAGUAACUACCUCACGAUGUUGUAAGGAUUAAAGGAGGUAACGUGUGUAGGAUACUUAGCUUGAGUGCCUGGCACAUAAGAGCACUCCGCAAGCGUUUACUACUACUGUUAUUCAUACUUAGUCCAGUGAGUCUCAGCCAGGGAUGUGCGACAGAAUUUCCUGGGGUUAAAAGAAAUUAACAAAAACACCCCCCCACCCCAGUGCAUUGGCCUCACCCCAGAUCAGAAUUCCCUGCGGGGCUGGGUCUCAGCCAGUGCGUUUUCCAAGAAUCCUGCCAGGUGUUUCGGACACCCAGUGCUGUGUGAACACUAGCAAUACCGCAAAUCUUGUCUUUACAGCGUAAGAACUUGGAAGGGAGGAUGGUUAAUUUACUUGCUCAUACUCAGCGCAGUUAAUCAGUGGCAGAGCCAAGGCUAGAGUUCAGGUCUGUUCAGUUUCUCGUUGUGGGCUCUUCCUACCAUUCCUGUUGCCUUGUGAGACGCCGCAAAAAAGGAGUGGCUCAGAUCGACAAUCAGUCUGCAUGGUGCUGCACACUUUCUAAAGCACACGUUCCUGGCACUCUCGGACCUUAAGGGGCUUGAAUGUUGAGUAAUGGCAACACUAGUAAAGCAGGCACUCAGUAGAACUCAGUAACUGAAGAAAGUUCUAUGGGGUCCUUCUUCUGGACAGACCUCAGUGACACAGCAAUCUGCACUUUGUAGUAGAGAAAUAACAACUUAAGUUUUAAAAACCUUAGUUCUACAUUCCUCUUUCUUUAAAAAAAACUUUAUUGUUUCACAUCAUUUUAAUAACUGAGAUAAUGUAUAUGAAAGCACUUUGAGAAAAGUAUCAAAUGUAAUGAAAGGUUGUAUUAUUAAUGUCUAUUUAGAAGAUAAAACGGCUAAUUCGCUGCUGAUUGACUUAGAAGCUUUUGCCUGUGGGGGACCUGAAAAUGCCGACGUGUAAACAGUCAGCUCUGUGGUUUAUCACGUUUAUAAAUAUGAAACUGCUAAAUGCAUAUGUGCAGGUAUAGUGAGUGUGUUGCUAAAACUGUAGCUCAGCACUGAAUAACUUCAGAAAACUAGGGACCAACUUUCUGGUUUCAUUAAGAAUCUUUAAAAAGUACUCACGUGUACUCACUCCAGAACAAAGAAGCCCUUCCAGACCUUGACUCAAGGAGAACGAGACCCUCUCACCCUUGAACGUUUGUCCACAUGUUCAGCCAUUUAGGACCCAGAAUAUGGUGGGAGCAGACUUGUCACCUGUCCAUGUUGACAGUGUCUUUUUUAACCGAUGUCCUGCAUCGUUUUGUUGGGGUUUUUGGUGGGGAGGGGGUGGUCAGAGAUGGCUCUAGAACCAGUGCACUUUUCUAGGAUUCCCGUUCAGUUAUGAAUGAGCUUGAUAUUCAUCAUCCAUGUUUAUUUUUGUUUUCUAAGAGGAGUAGCUGAACAUAACUCACCUGUUACAUUAUAAAAACACUCACGAGUGAAUUGCAGUGGCGGCCGCUUGUGCGUUACAGCUGCGCUGCGGUCUGACCUCCCCCGCUCCCUCCCACUUUUGCCACUGACGUCGUCAUUACUGUCAGGCUGUGCCCCCACAGGAGUUCGUGUUGUCUCCGUUCUUGUUCUGGAUGAUUUUGGGGUUCCGUCAUCUUGCUUGCAUUAACUUGUUCUACCUGGGUUUGGGGUCCAUCUCUGUGCCCUAAGCACCUGUUGUGACCAGUCCCCUUUAUGUAGGUAAGUUUCUCUGGACGUAAGUUUCUUACUAUGUAUCAGUGGACUUCAGCUCUCUGUAUUUCUUAGCUUCUGUCAGCCAGUAGCUUAGUUCUUUUGUAAAUGCCUGCUUCAGUCUGGGCUAUGUGGGAGCGGGAGAGAAACAGGAAAGGGCAGCCCCAGGGGUGCCUGUACCUUCUACAUGGCAACACGGAAACUGCUGCUAACCACAGCCUCACUAGUCCGAGAGCAGAGGCCUUGGGCUGGUUCUAAAACUUGCCCUACUCCUAACGGUCAAGAUAUUUUUAUUCUUUGGAGAGAGUUCCAAUUUUCCAUCUACCAGACUUUACAAAAUCUGAUACAAGGCUAGCUUUUUAGCAAGCCAAAAGCGCUUGGAGUGACAAUUAUCAUUACCUGCUUUGCUGCAGCUCUGUUACAGCCAGACCUUCACUGGCAUCCCAUCUUCCGGUAUCACUGGGGAAGUGUGGGUGGAUUUCAGGGCAGUGGAAUGGGCUGCGCCCUGCUUCAGAGCGUCUGCCCAAGUGACUGUCUUAGCUCCAGCCUGUCUUCUGUGACGUUUACUGCCGUGUCCAAAGAGACGAGUUUCUGCUCUGGGCUGCUGCUUUUCAUGCCCCCACCUGAGGUGUAUGGUCUGUCUUGAGAUAACAAGUAUGCAAGAUACUUCCUUCACUUCUGACUCAAUAGCCUAGAUCCAAAGGACAGGCAAUUAGGAAAGGCUGCACCCUGUGAUAAUCGGGGUAAGAAGAUGCAGUGUUUCUCUCUGGGUGAGGAGGCCUGGCCAGGCGGUCUUGAUUCUGGGCCGAUCGGGAGCGGAGUGGUAGAGAUUAUUCCUAGAGGAUUGUGCCUUCAAAGAUGGGUUUUGUGCAUUUUGCAGAGGCCAAGACUUGUCAGCUGGGUUGAUGUUGCACGAUUAUCGACUUAGAACUGGCAGAAAUGAAGUUUUUGGGUCGCAGUGGCUCAGGCUGCAGUCAGUGCGAUGUCCUUCCACCCGGGGUGCUGAUCUGGUAGCCUGCUGCACUCUUCUCCGUCAGCUUGAGGAGCUGGUGGGAGGACACGCUGACUGGACCCUCCUCUCCCUCCAAGUGCACUAUGUACGAUUACAAAAUUGGAAUUGUUUACCUCUCCUAGAAAAAUUAUCUCCUUCACCCUCCCCGCUACUGUGUGACCCGAACACAGUAGCGAGACCCUGUUACCUCAGCCUGAGGUCACAGAUGGCAUGUGAGCAGAUCUUCAGACCUGCAGACCAUCUAAGGGAAAGGGUGUCUCCUUUAAAUUCAAAGGCCAGGCCCCACACUGUCCUCAGACCACACCCCUUGCACGCUGUCUGUGCCUGUUCUGUGAGAUUCUUUGUUCAUCAUCGUACUCGAAGCAACACGUUUCCAGGUCCUGCGUGUCAUUGCAAGCUGCUGAGCUAUACACGCGGGGCUUGAGGUCUCGGAACACUCUAGCCCACUCUUUAGGACACGGUGGAGGCAGACUGUCAAAUGCCAGCAGGCUUUCAGAAAGGAAAUACAGAGUUUGUUUGGAGCUUGCUUAAGAUUUGCUUCUGAGCCUCAGGAUAGGAGUUUUAAAUCAUGUAAUUAAGCAUCAUAAACUUCACUUGGAGAAUGGGACUUCUGGUUAGUAAAAUUUUCACAUAUAAAGAUACUUACUUUUCAGCAGUUCUAACAUCCUAACAGGUAUGCCAGAUUUAUUCUUGAUUGAGAUUUCACGGGAUCCUGUGAUACUUUAGGGUCAUUGGUGGAGAAUCCAAAUACUGUUUUGUACAAUUCAGAAGCACCGUACCAUGUGUUGUGAGUGGCAGGAAUGCCAAGUGACAGGUUUCUGGUAGAUGAGGGCCAGAUAACCAGCCUUCCUGCAUUGUGACAAGCCGGUUUUCACUGUGGCCACUGUUAUUGGGACUCCAUUAUGAGGGAGAUUUGCGGAGAUCCUGAGAAAUCACCUUGAUUAGGCUGCUUGUCCCUCAGCGAGAUUAGUAUUCAGCAACUAGAAGGAACAGUGAGGUACUCAUCUUACAGUGUUUUAGGGCGUCUGUUUGAAAACUGAUACGUCAGAUCUGUGUGGAGGGUGCACUGCUGCCCUGCUCACUAAGAAAGGAGAGGGGUGAGAGAGAGGAGCCCGACCUUUCCCUGUGGUGAGUGGAAGCUGUGCCCUGGUCAGUGUGUGUGCCACGCACAGGCUGGCUGAGCUGUUGGUGCAUGCUCCGAACCCCGUCUCCUGGGUGGACACCACACUCCUCCUUUUUGCAGUCUGAUUCUCUAAUGACUAUCCAUGGAGAAACCCUACUUUUAUGCUCACUUGGCAAAAAUAAGUUUGAACAUUUCAUGGUGGUUGAUAGAACUUUGUCCUUGAAACCUAUGAUUCAGAUUCUUUAAAACUUGUUUAAUGUUUAUACCAAAGGUCACGCUCUGCAGGUGUAUGUGUGGUGGGUGCGCAGAGGGGGAGGUCUGGGGGGCCUGCCCUGUGUGUAUUGCUAAGGGGACACAGUGAGACAAUAUGGGAUUUAACUGAAAACUCAUCAGUCAUGGGUCACACUACCAGUGUUGUCAGGUAUAUGUUCUUAAUUGUUAUUGUAAUAUAUUUUCAGGUGUUUUGUUUUUCUAAUUUAAUACUUUCACCCUGUUGUCUGACUGUGAACUGCUAACAGUGUUAAACUUGAUGUAAAUAAAUGAGGCCCUUGAAAGGGGAAUGCUGUCUGCCUGUUGUCUCACAAGGCUUGCAACUUGUGUUUUAUUUUAAAUAAAGGUUGCAAUAUUUUAUUGGCAA